UCUGGUCAGAACAGUAUUUAAAAGGUCACCUCUCCCAGCUUCAGUAGGCUCUGACCAUCACAGGAAAGACCCUUCACUGUCACCUCUCAACUCAACGUCCACUUGUCUUUCUCUCCGGAGCAUUUCCCCUGGACUGCCAUGAUGAUGAGAAUGAAGCUGACCUUCCUUUUGGCCAUCUUACUUUUUCAACUGACCAUCUCUGUUAAAGGAGGGCAGAAUCCUCCUUCUGCCCGCCGGAAUUCUGCUCCUGCCAACCUGAAUCAUGCUCCUCCUGGCCGGUCACCUGAUCCUGGCCGCCGGAAUUCUGCUCCUGCUGCCCUGUCUAGCACCGGUUCGAAAACGAAACAUUGUGCUGAUCCUUGCCGGACACCUGCUCCUAGCCACCAGAAUUCUACUCCUGCUGCCCCGUCUAUCGCCGUUUCGUAUACAUUUGGGGAUAUCAUCAGAUUUAAUCGGAAGAAGGGUACCAUACCAUAUAACCACUAUGCUAUUUAUGUGGGCAACCAUGAUAUCACAGGUAAAAAACCUGAACAGGAUAUUUUUCACUUCUCAGGUGAAAUUACUGAUCCAGGAAAUGCAGAUUGUGUGUUUGACAGUCUGGCGGAUGUUACAAAAGACAGCACUCCUGUGGUACAAACAGAAUGGGCUGUUGUACACUUGCCUAGAAGAACAGAGGCCGGCAUGAUUGAGCAAAUUAAACGCUUUCACAAUAAUUGUAGAGGAGAAUACAAUGUGAUUUUUGCUAAUUGUGAGCAUCUUGUGACAUUCAUUCAAUUUGGUUCUCCAGUCUGCGAACAGAAAGAUACCAAUGAGUUCAUCGAAUGUUUUGCCAAAAUCUUGUGCAAAGCUAACUCACCCCUAUUCACAAAUAAGAGGGGGCGUGGCAGAAGAGGUCUUGGUCUCCUACAGGAUGAAACCCGUGCCAACCAGGGUGCACCAGCUGCUUGAGUUCUAAACCUCUCAGAUGUUCUCUCUCUCUUCCAUCCUCUCUGUCUCUGUAUGAAGUGAGGUCUAAACCUCUCAGAUGUUCUCUCUCUCUUCCAUCCUCUCUGUC